AUUUAAAAAUAUUAGAAACAGAAUCAGCAGGAAGCGUGUUUAUGAAGCAAUGCCGUUACAGCUUUAGCUUCGGCUACCUACACAACCUUUUUUUUCUUUUAGUUUCCUUGCUAGCUGCCUGCAUGCUUACUGUUUUCUCCUACUACCUCUAACGGUUAUGACUGCUGCGCUGCCCUCGUUCCUUAUCCGUUUCUAGGAAAACGGAGAAUUGAUAAUCACCUAGGUGGACAUUUCAUCAGCAGACUCUAUGAUGAUGCUCUCAUUUUCUGUGGCCUUGACAUGGUCUUUAUUGCUGCUUUUCCUUCACCAUAGUGUGGCUGCCCUCCUUUCUGAUAGACAAGCCCUACUUGAAUUUGCUUCUGCAGUUCCUCAUAGCCCAAAACUUAACUGGAACUCUAGCACCCCAAUAUGCACCUCUUGGGUUGGUAUCGCUUGCAACACAGAAGGCUCCCGUGUGGUUGCUGUCCACCUCCCUGGUGUUGGGCUCUAUGGUCCUAUUCCAGCCAAAACACUUGGGAAACUGGAUUCCCUAACGAUCCUCAGUCUCCGGUCCAACUUCCUUAGCGGGGAUCUCCCAGCAGAUUUACUCUCCCUUCCUUCGCUCCACUCCAUAUAUCUUCAACAUAAUAAUUUCUCAGGUAACAUCCCAUCUUCCUUCUCUCCCCGGACUAGCAUGCUUGACCUUUCAUUCAAUUCCUUCACUGGACUUAUUCCAGCUGCCAUGCAAAAUUUAACACACCUUACUAGCUUGAGCCUCCAAAACAAUUUACUCUCAGGACCCAUACCUGAAUUCAAUAUAUCAGGGAUCACGCAAUUAAAUUUGAGCUACAAUCUCUUGAAUGGUUCUAUUCCAGCUGCCCUCCAAAAGUUUCCUACCUCCUCCUUUGAAGGGAACAAUAUGCUAUGUGGACCACCAGUAAAACUGUGUAAUGCAUCUACCCCUUCACCUUCUCCGAGCCCCACUUCCUUACCACCACCUCCAACAGUGACUAAAAGACCAAGUGAUGGCUCCAAGAAGAAACUAAGUAGGGGAUAUAUCAUUGGUAUUGCAGUCGGAAGUUCUGCAAUAUUGCUAUUGUUUCUACUUGUAAUGAUUGUGGUUUGCUGUGUGAAGAAAAAAAGUGGUGGAAGUAAUGGUGUGCUAAAAGGGAAGGGGGGAAGGACUGAGAAGCCUAGUAAAGACUUUGGGAGUGGGGUGCAAGAAGCUGAGAAGAACAAGCUGGUGUUUUUUGAAGGUUGUUCUUGCAAUUUCGACCUUGAGGAUUUAUUAAGAGCUUCAGCUGAAGUGCUAGGAAAGGGGAGUUAUGGGACAACCUAUAAGGCCAUCUUGGAGGAGGGUAUGACGGUGGCUGUGAAGAGAUUGAAAGAAGUGGUGGUUGGGAAAAAGGAAUUUGAGCAACAGAUGGAGAUUGUUGGGAGUGUAGCCCGGCACCCACAUGUCAUGCCUCUUCGCGCUUAUUACUACUCCAAGGAUGAGAAACUCUUGGUUUAUGACUAUGCACCAUCUGGCAGCUUUUUCACGGUGUUGCAUGGAAACAGGGAAGUUGGACGAACUGCUCUAGAUUGGGAAUCCAGAGUAAAGAUCUGCCUUGGAACUGCAAAAGGCAUCGCCUAUAUCCAUUCUGCUUGUGGAGGGAAAUUCAUUCAUGGCAACAUCAAGUCCUCCAAUGUACUCCUGAUGCAAGACCUCCACGGAUGCAUCUCAGAUUUUGGUUUAACUCCUCUAUUGAGUUACCCUAGUGUCCCAUCAAGAAGUGCAGGCUACCGGGCUCCAGAAGUGAUUGAUACACGAAAAUCUACUCAGAAAUCUGACGUCUACAGUUUUGGUGUUGUCCUCCUUGAGAUGCUGACGGGAAAAGCACCAGUUCAAUCACCGGGGCAUGAUGAUGUGAUUGAUCUCCCAAGAUGGGUCCAGUCUGUUGUUCGAGAGGAAUGGACAGCGGAAGUGUUUGACGAGGAGCUAAUGAGAUACCAGAACAUCGAAGAGGAGAUGGUAGAGAUGCUUCAAAUAGCAAUGGCUUGUGUGGCAGUGGUGCCAGACAUGAGGCCUACCAUGGAAGAAGUAGUUAGGAUGAUUGAAGAAGUCGGGUCAUCUGAAUCUGAGAACCGCCCAUCAUCAGAGGAGAACAAGGGAUCAGACACAUAAAAACCUCAUAAUUAAUAUGCCACACUUACCACAUCGAGAUUUCUGUUUGAAGCCAGUUCCAGAACGACGAUCUUGCGGUGAAGUUUCUGGCGAAGACUACAGAGGCUCUCAUGUAAGUGCUUAAUUACAAGUUCCUCGCACUUGGAUUGUUUUAGAAUUUUAGUUAACAAAUUUGGUGUGACUAGCUCUUGCUUCCUCCUUCCUAGCUAUCAUUGUAACAGUAGUGGUUUCUGAAAAAAACAAAAAUUUAUACUUGCCUUGGCUUAUGAAACUGUUAAUCAAGGUGUGAUAUUUAGUCUGCUUCUUAUCAUUCUGGGGCAGGGUUUUUUUUUGUUUUUGA